AUGGCGCGACCAGGGAACAAGCGACGUUCGACCCGGCAGGCAGCGACCAAGCGCUCUAUAUAUACCGAACCCGACAGCGAUGAUGAUUAUGACCUUGAGCAAGACGCUGAAGCGGAGUACGAGCCUGAACAACCACUUUCACUCCCAUUCAAGCGAGCAAAAACCGUACCGCGGACUCGCCAUGUGACACGCAGCAAAUCCACGCCUGCAACGAGAACGGCCGCAAAGGCUGUCGUGAAGGCAGUUGGCAGGCCCAGGCGGCGAAACACAGCUGGUGAGCCGCUCAAGAAGGAAUUUACUGGGCCCAGCGACCGCAGGAUACCGGACUGGACGUCGCUACCGAUCGACAUUCUGCGCGAGGUGUUGGCAUAUGCAUCUCUGCCACGGCACGAGCAGACUAGAACAGCAAGCGCGAAUGUGGCUUGGUUGCUGAACGCUGCUCGAGUCUGUCGAGCUUUCGCCCUGCCAGCGCUUGAGGCCUAUUAUCAGGCACCGUCUCUGUUGACCAACCUGCAACCACACCACUUACUGGAGCUGCUGCGGAUGGAGAAGAAAUAUACCAACUACAACGCCAAGGUCAAAUCACUGUUUGUCGAUGUUCGGAGGCUCGCCUACUCCGCACCUGGCAAAGGACUUUUCGACAUGUCGCAGCUCAUACCCCACCUGCCGCAGCUUCACCAUGUCGAGAUCUUCCACCCAAUCGAUGAGCCGCCCUUUCGACGGUCGCAUCAGAUACGCUGGCAGUAUCCGCGCGAUCUGUUCGACACGCUCGCAAAAGCGGGCACGAAACUAAAGACCUGGCGAUGGCAUCGUGCCAUGCUACCCUUUACCAACGAAGAUGAGCUAUGCUCGUUCAUCACGCAGACACAUAUCAGCACGCCUUAUCAGUCUUUGGCGAAGCUGACAUUCUGCGACUUCAACGGGAACGGAGAGGGCGAGAUUACCGGCCAGCCAAGCCUCGCAAUAGCUAUCAGUCUUCUGCCGAGUCUUGUCGAUCUGACAUUUGUGUCGAGCGAGGUUGUGGUCGACCGCUUCCUCGAGCAUAUGCCCAAGACAUUGGAACGGCUGGAGCUUACUAACUGCCUAGAGCUUACGAGCGAUAUGCUCCACGACUUCUUAGCGACCGGCGCUUCUCGGCUUCGUGAGCUUAUCCUCAACCAUAACCCAGCGCUCAAUCUAGCCUUUACGACUGGGCUGAAGGUGCUUUGUCCGAAGCUGGAAGUGCUAAGCAUGAACUUGCGCUACUACAGCGAGAGAGUAAACAGUGACGACUCUAAGCCACUUUACGAAAAUCUCCUCACCAACGAUGAAGUGCCGCAAUGGCCGUCCUCGCUCCGCCGUCUUGAACUGAUACACCUACAGCGCUGGAGUGCUGAAGCAGCGCAGAAUCUCUUUCGCUCGCUCCUUGUCAACGCGGCGGAGCUGCCAGAUCUGCGAUACCUCAUCCUUCACUCCCACAUCAACAUACCAUGGCGCCAACGUGCUGACUUCCGCGACAACUGGAUUGAUCGAUUACAGCGCGUAUUUGCGUGUCGAGCAGAUCCUCCGAACCCUCACCUUGAUAUUACCUUUGGACGAAACUUGUCGCAUGUAGAAAUCUCGCCUGCGAAAACCUCUGCUGGCGAUACUGAGGUCUUCAGUGACUCGUCGCCAGAGAGACAGCACCAUACCGAUCCGAUUGUCAGGCGUAGUAGGCGCGUGGCCCAAGCCAAGCCAGCACCGGCCGUGAUGCAAUUGAACCACUCUGAACAACAGGACGAUGAAGAUGACGAGGAAGAAGAAGAAGAGGAGGAAGAACAAGGGACCGAGGACUUUUUCAUCCAAGGACUGUGUGAUCUUGUCGACAUCCGCAUUGACAACCAGCGUCCGAGGGAGAAUCAGUUCACGGAAGGCGACUUCCUCGACAGCGAGGUUAGUGGAGAUGAAGACUGGAGGGAGGGAAAUGACAUUGAUGAUGAGGACGGCUAUGCUUGGUGA